UAGCAUUUCAUCCUGAAAUGUCAGGUUUACUAUUUUGAUUUGUCAUUAUCUGGGUUGACCGCAAGAUUCAAAGUGUUAUCCAAUUACUGUGUUUCUUUACUUAUCGUUAUCGAAAAUGGCAACUGAGAGGUAUAGUUUCUCUCUUACAACUUUCAGUCCUUCUGGAAAAUUAGUACAAAUUGAAUACGCCUUAGCGGCAGUUGCUGCUGGAGCCCCAUCAGUAGGAAUUAAAGCUUCUAAUGGUGUGGUUAUAGCAACAGAAAAUAAACAUAAAUCCAUACUUUAUGAGGAGCAUAGUGUUCAUAAAGUUGAAAUGAUUACAGAUCAUAUCGGAAUGGUUUAUUCAGGCAUGGGUCCAGAUUAUCGUUUGUUAGUUAAAGAAGCUCGUAAAAUGGCUACACAAUAUUUCUUGGUAUAUAGAGAACCCAUACCAACAGUUCAAUUGGUCCAGAGAGUAGCAGCAGUAAUGCAAGAAUACACACAAUCAGGAGGUGUAAGACCAUUUGGAGUUUCUCUAUUGAUUUGUGGAUGGGAUAACAAUAGGCCAUACUUGUUCCAGUGUGAUCCGUCUGGAGCUUAUUUCGCUUGGAAAGCCACAGCUAUGGGCAAAAACUAUAUAAAUGGGAAAACAUUCUUAGAGAAGAGGUUUAGUGAAGACUUGGAGUUAGAUGAUGCUGUUCACACAGCUAUUUUGACUUUGAAGGAGAGCUUUGAAGGGCAAUUAACUGCUGAUAAUAUAGAAGUAGGAAUUUGUGACCAAGAUGGAUUUAGAAGGUUAGAACCUUCUCAUGUCAAAGAUUAUUUGGCCAACAUUCCAUGAAUGUUUUCUGUUUUGUUUAUCAUAUUGUAUGUUUCAAUUAAUACUACAGUAAAAAAAUUAUAAGAAAAUUAUAAAAA